AUGCGAGCUAAGUGCGCGAAGCUAGAGGCAGAACAUGCUCGACAUCAAGCAGAGCUGAAGACGGCUCUUCAGGCACAGCGAGCCAAGCAACAGCUUGAUCUGCAGAAGUUGCUGCAGGAGAAGGACGUGGAUCAUCGGAAGAGCCUCAAGGCUCAGGAGGAGCAGCAUCGUGACGUGGAGCAGGCACUGCAGGCCCCUCUUUGCCUUUGGAAGGAGUUGAGGCAGUCCAAGAAGACAAGACAUCCAGAUCCCAACCCGAGCUGGAGCAGAGAUUUACGCCAGGAACUGCAGGAGCUGCAGCAACGCUUUGCGGAUCAGGCGAUUGCAUGGGCGGAUGUAUAA